AUGGCAGCCCAUGCCUUCCUAGCUGCAGCCCCCUUCCCCCACGCCACACCCAUGUCAUGUUGCCUCGAUAUGUUGCCUCGGUAUUAUGGGUUUGGUGUCGGGGUGGGGGGCUGCCACCCGUGGCGGUGGUGGCCGGAAUCCGGCCGCCACCACGCCGCCGCCAUGGGUGAGGUGGAAAAAAAAAAAAAAAGGCGUGGAAGUUGCGAAAUGGGGUUGUCUAGGCUUUUUUUUGCAUGGGAGAGCACGGAGUUGCUAGGAACUCCUUCUCAAAUGCACCGGCAUGUCGACAACAACCUCAUUUCGCAACUAACAACCACCCGUGUGGGGUGGCGGUGGGUGGAUAGUCGCGGAUUGGAGUUGCCUAGCCAAAUUUUUCAAACAAAUUUCAUCAAAACAAAUUUUUCAAACGAAUUUCAUCAAAAUGAAAACAAAUGUUUUGUUGCCUUCGGAGUAGUGGGCGAGCGGCGAGUCGGAGCGGAGCGUGUAAAGUUUAACCUCGGUGUGCACGGUUGUUUUUAG